UAUGUUCAUAGCCUAUUGAUGUCUACAACAUCUACUGCCUCUGGGGUAAGCACGAGAAGUUAUUAAACAACAUCCAGCUGAGAUUCGAAACGGUGCUUAUCACAGAUCUCUUCGAAUAUUUCAAAGAACCUUGGGCGUAUGCCAUCUACCAUGACAAGUUUAACGAUUUACUGAAUGAACUCAACAAACUUAUGACGUCUUCUCUGGGUGAAAUUGGCGAAUCCAUAAUAGAUGAAGUAAUAGAAGCGUACGAAGAAUCCAAAUGGCAACAGCUAUCAACAGACACAAAAGAUUCGUUAGAAGAGCGUUUUAAAGCGCUCAGCUAUCCAAAGGUAAUUGAACAAAAAGUACUGGACUUCAUCAAAGACCACUUGGAUGAUCUGCCCAUGUACGCUCAUCCCAUAGUUGUCAGAACGCUCCUCAGGAACUACCAGAACAGUCCAUUAUUCUCAUAGCUGCGUAAUAGAGGCUAUAUAGCGUUCAAGGUAUAAGACAUACUAAUAGUAAGAUCACUCAGCUGUCAACCCAGUGUUUUGUAACAUGCGUCUCCAGCCCGCGAGGCACAACAGAAGCUUAUAUCACCUGAAAGACAGAUAAAUAGCAUUGACAAACGAUGUCAAUUGUACUGGGGAGGGUCACCGUUGGAACCAAAACAUAUACAAUAAAGAACUUUGAGCACAUAUUGGCCAGAUAAACAUGGGGGAUUAUCAACAUGAAAACCACUUGAUACGUUUCAGAUGUCACAUUAGGUUUCAGCAUGUCACUUAACGCUAUUGGUUGAUAUAAAAAAUAUGCAUAAAUGCAUAUGUCCCGUAGAGAGUGUUUUCUGUGUUCAGUAAUAUUUAUGAGUAUUUUCCAGAUUACAGCCCAAGAGCUAUAAUUCAUGCACAACGUUUAACAUCGCUAGCAAAGCGGUAACCUCAGGCGAAGGAGUCCGACGUCUGAGAUCAUUUUAGUUCAGGUAGUGUUUUCACAUCUGCUCGGAAAAAUAGUUUAAUUUGGAUUUUUUGCAUACUAUAUCAUUUAUUGACCACAUUAUCCAUUUACAAUGUACAGGUUCAUGUGAGGUUUUACAAACUAAGUUAUUAUCUAUCCGAGUGACGACAUAGCAUCAACGCUCUCAUCAUCUGAAUAGAAGCAGUAGUUAAACGUUUUUUUUUUUUUAGCAAAAUUUGAAAAUUAACUAUUAGACAUAUGUUCAAACUUAUGUUAUUUCAUUUAAUUUCUAGUCAUAUUCAGUCGCGAGUAUGGAUUCCCUAGGUAAUUUACAUUGCGUAGUGCAUGGGUCUCUAUUUCUGCAGAUGCUUGAUAUUUAUUUAGAUUUCUGUGCACAUAACAUACAACUUCAAAAAUAUAAAUUGUUGGAAGUGGUAAUAUUCGUAGAUUUUUGAAGUGAUUUCUGCACAUUGAUUCAUAACUAGUGUUUGUAAUUAUCCUCAAAGCCGUUUUUUGUAAAGAGAAAAUUUUGCUAGUUGCUACUGAGUUUCCUCAGAGCAUUGUGCCAUAUGCAAUGUGAGUAAGAAACAUGCUGAAGUACACUACCCGCAAAGUAUGGUUAACGAGGCAUUUACUUAGAUGCCCGAGAACAAAUAAUUGUGUAGACAUUCUAGAAUGAAAAUAAUCAAUGUGUGAUGUCCAGUUUAGUCUGGUAUCAAGUACUAUUCCUAGAAGUUUUACUGGUUUAGAUCUCACAACCAACCUGAGAGGACAAUAUUUCACAAAAAUUUAAAAAAAAUGUUCAAUUAUAAGUAUAAUAGCAAUUGGUCUGUAAUUAACGGCGGCAUCUCUGUCCCCCUUUUUUAUAAAUAGGGAUAAUUUUCAAAAAAUAAAUAUUUGGUGGCGGCCUCUAUACGGAUAUAUAGAUAGAAUUUAUAACAUUUUUUUUUUAUUCUGAAAGAUAUUAUAUUUUUCUUUUUCCUUGAUAUCUGAUUUACAAAAGGGGGAGUUGUAGCUCGAAAAGCAGUCCUACCAACCUCGAUAAACGUUGUAUUAAAAGAAAGCUUGUGAAAAGUGGAAUCAAUGAAAGAAAGUAUACAGGGUGCUCGAUUUGAAAAUGUUGAGAAGCUAUAGUGCUGUCAUAAUAAAUUUGGAAUCAAUUUGAAUUUCUACUUUAACUUUCUAGUGUCUAACGGUUUCGCCUCACAGACCAAAUCAAGUUAACCUGGGAAAUUCCGUUGUCCCGUUUGAUACCGAUAUUGAAGCCAUAAAAGAGAAUGAAGAUUUGCAAUCUUAAUUGUCUUUAAAAAUAUUAUGCCGUUUUUUGUGCGAGAAAAUAUCUCUAGUGAUGUGCUGGGUGCUAUUUUGAGCUCAUUACCGCACUCAACAUAGUGAUUUGAUCCGUCAUUAAUUUAUUUUUUUAAUAAUAAUGGUUGUUAACUGAUUCAUCCGCACACUUGGUGUGCCAAUCAGGUGCAAAUAGAGACGCGUCUCCAGAGCCCUUAAAAUCGUUACGUGCCUCUUAAAAAAUAUAUGUUUGGGUCACCUCAUAGCUAUAAAUCAUCCUGUAGAGAUAAAAGUAUUUUCCACCUAAGCAGUAUACUGUUGACUCACCCUGUAUCUCCGUGAGUUCAUGACUAGAGUCAAUGAAUAUAGGUAUUCCAAAUUGCAACAUAAAAUGUAUAUUUCAUUCACAAUGUUUGACAAUAUCGCCUUGCAUUCCCUCAAUGGGCACGCAAUACAUGACCGUCGAGCAUUACCGACCAAUCACUACCUCUUGGGCGGAAGAGCUUCCUAGAAAGAAACUGGUUUGACCGCUGCGUGACCCUACUAUUAGUAAUUCCGUAUGCUUUGUACUAUAGAAAAGCAGGCCCCUGGAUUUUGUACUCUUACACAAUUUUCAUCGAUCAUCAAUUGUCCAUAAGUAGGUAUGUGUAUUUCCUACGUAAUAAGCUGUCAGACAAGUAUUGUAAAUAUAUGUUUUAAUAUCGCAUUGUUGAAAGGUUUUAUUAGCGUAAAAGUAAUUACAAUUUGGUGAUACAUGGUGUUGUGGUGACGAUGAUGAUGAUUUUUAUAAGGGAAGUAGUGUAAGGUUUCCUUUCCCAAAUGUUAUUCUAUAUUAUCAGAAACGUCAACAUAUGUACAUACAGUCAUGGGUCAAUAUGUUUGGAACAGAAACGAGAAUAAUAAUAAUAAAUUGCCUUUAUUCGAUUAUUUUACAUUAUACAUCCAGC